UCCUCUUAGGAGGGGGCGCCUUCUGGCUGGCGCCCGUCUCUGGCGUCCCAGGGUUGGGCCAUGCCUACAGGCUCCCCAAGUAGAGUGCCGGAGCCUCGGAUGGAUCUGAGGGAGCUGCAGCUGGAGUACCGGACGGCGCCGGCGCCGCCCCGCUCUAAGCGGCGUCCCCGAGGUGAAACUUGCCCUUCGCUGGAUAAUUCCUCCGCUGCUGAAGAGGAAGAAGAGGACGAGGACGAGGACGAAGACGAAGAAGACGCGGAGGACGAGGAAGACGAGGAGGCGGUGGCGAGCAAAAAGAAACGCACGAAGGGAGGCUCCGGAGCCGGAGAAGGCGGCAGGGUUAAAAAGCAACCGCCGGCGGCGAGUCGCAGCGCCUCCGGUUCGACGCCGGAGUGCAAGCAAUCGCAGCGCAACGCGGCCAACGCGCGCGAGCGAGCCCGCAUGCGCGUCCUGAGCAAAGCCUUCUCGCGCCUGAAAACCAGCCUGCCUUGGGUGCCUCCGGACACCAAGCUCUCCAAGCUGGAUACGUUGCGCCUGGCCUCCAGCUACAUCGCCCACCUGCGGCAGUUGCUGCAAGAAGACUGCUACGACAAGGGCUACGUGCACCCCGUCAACCUGACUUGGCCGUUUGUGGUUUCAGGAAGACCAGAAUCCACACCAAAGAUGUCCCAACAGCCAGCAGAUUAUGUGGAACUACAGCUUAGUUAAAGACUGCUCUUGCUGGAUGUGCUUACCAAAUUACAUUGUCUUCUAUCGACCAAAGCAAACUGAAACAAUGAAAAACAAUUACACUGUGUUUAAAUCCUCCAUUUCUUCAGUUGGAAAGAAAACUGCACUUAAAAUGUAACGUGUAACAUGAAGUAGGAAGGAGAGCUCUCCAAAUUUCAGAUAAAAUGGUAGCUUUAAAAAGGCAUUUUUGCAUCAUUUUCUAAAGAACAGUUCUAAAACUUUUUGACUAACAAAAGACAUGGAGGCGGAUAACUAUUAAAAUUAAUAGCAUGAACCAAAUGAUAGGUUAUAUGAAGUAACCUCAAACAGUGUUAUUUGUAUACCAAAGGAAAAUAGUAUUCUAGACUAGUCCCUAACACAAAUUUAUAAUAUAUUUGAUCUUAUGUUCUUGGCAGCUACGCAAUAGUAAGACUACUUCUGUCACCUUAGACAGUUUCUUUUUAAAAAUCAAAGACAAAAAGAUUGUACCUGGUUGUUCCUUCAUGGUCUAUUUCACAAAAGUGUUACAUCAGAUUACUUGUGUUUAAAACAAGUGUAUACACAGCCAGGCAAUUUGUAGGCCAUGGAUCGAAGUCAUAGGCAUAUUCUUGUUAAAUUGAAAAAAUUGAUUUUACUCCUGUACUGUACUACAGAGUUUGAAAUGUGAGCUUGCCUUAUUCUGAAAUAAGCUUUUUAUUUAUGUCUAGGAUAGUUAUAUGUAAGUUGGCCUUUUAUAUCACAAGUGUUUUGUCUUGAGCUUUUCUGGUCCUAUAGAAUGUUAACUUUAUACUGUUCUAUAUGCAAACAUUAUUAUAAAUGUAAAUAAUUAUAUUUUUAUACAUUAUAUUAAAACCUUGAUUGCAAUAAUAUUUUGAGUGGUUGGUGAUAGCUGGAUAAAAAUCAAUACUUUUUAA